AGCGAACGUGACUCUUAUUAAUUGUAUUUCGGGAUAUUUCAUCAGUAUAUUGGAAACUUCGUAUUCGGGAAUCAAAUAUCGUCGGUGGACGACCUCAAGAUUUGCGCCUACCAAAGUGCGCUGAUUGACAACGUAGUAAAACUUCAAAAUUUGAAGCCGCCAAGAUGGUGAACAUAACGGAGAAGAUCAAGGAGAUUGAGGAUGAGAUGAAAAGGACGCAGAAGAAUAAGGCCACUGAAUAUCAUCUUGGACUUCUAAAAGGAAAACUCGCACGUUUACGAGCGCAACUUCUGGAACCUGGUCCCGGAGCGGGUGGUGGGGGUGGCGCUGGUUUCGAUGUUAGCAAGAGUGGUGAUGCCCGAAUAGCGCUUGUUGGCUUCCCAUCCGUGGGUAAAUCGACGUUCUUAUCCAAAGUCACGAAAACGAAAUCCGAAGUUGCUUCAUAUGCCUUCACAACCCUGACGGCGAUUCCCGGUGUGCUGGAGUAUGGUGGUGCAGAAAUCCAGUUACUCGAUCUGCCAGGUAUCAUUGAGGGUGCCGCAGAAGGCAAGGGUAGAGGACGACAGGUUAUCUCAGCUGCCAAGACGAGCGAUCUUAUCCUCAUGGUCCUAGAUGCGACUAAGAGAGCAGAGCAAAGAGCUCUGCUGGAAGCCGAAUUAGAAGCUGUCGGUAUUCGAUUAAACAGGGAGCCACCGAACAUCUAUUUGAAAGUUAAAAAGGCUGGUGGGAUGAAGAUCAAUUUCCAGUCGACACCCAAGUAUUUAGACGAGAAGAUGGUGUAUAACAUCCUACGCGACUAUAAGAUGCUGAACUGCGAAGUUCUGAUUCGAGAUGAUGAGGCAACAGUCGACGACCUGAUUGAUGUUAUCAUGAAGGACCACCGCAAGUACAUCAAAUGCCUUUACGUCUACAACAAGAUCGACAGUGUCUCGCUUGAUUUCCUAGACAAGUUGGCUCGCGAGCCUCAAACCGUUGUUAUGAGCUGCGAACUGGAUCUUGGCAUCCAAGACGUGGUAGAUCGGUGUUGGAAGGAGCUGCAACUAAUUAGAAUUUACACGAAGAGAAAGGGUGUAGACCCUGAAUUCGGUGAUGCAUUGAUUGUACGGAACAAUGCUACUAUCGAGGAUGUUUGCGAUCGAAUCCACCGGACUUUAAAGGAUACCUACAAGUAUUCCCUAGUAUGGGGUGCGAGUGCUAGGCAUAUCCCGCAGAGGGUUGGCUUAGGACAUGUCGUGGCGGAUGAGGACGUGGUUUACGUAGUUAGCGGGUACAAGGCAUAGCAUAGCAUCAUGGUCAAUAGUACAACAAUCCUCCAAGAGAA